UUUCAGGUUACACGGCUGAAAUAAGACAGUACCUUUAACGAAAACUGAGCAAACUAAGUUUAAGUUCUGAGUUUGAUGAUAACUCCAUUGCGCUUCCAUAAGUCAACAUAAAUAAAAAAAAUAUCAAGUCUACGUUAAGGAAAUCAGUUUUCGUAAAAUUAAUUACUGUUGAUAAUAAUAUAAAUACUUCUAUAAAUACUAUAUCAGGAUGAUCAAAAUAAGAAUUAGAUCAUAAACUUUGUGAUUGAAAAUUAAAUGUACUUUUACGCCAGACAUCAUAUUCUCGUCAGAGAUUUAAUUAAACGAGCAAGGAUAGGCGUAAGGGAGAGUUGCUUUGACAGGGUAUCAUCCAAAAAUGGGAAAGAGAGAAUGAAUAGGAGAGACCAAAAAGGGUUUAUGCUCUCUUACAGAAUAAAAUGUGCUGAUAUGCAGGUACACUGACGAAUGAUGUUACAUAAAAAAUAUCGAAAACGAUCCUAGAAGGCCGGCUUGUAGGGCAAUAAAACGUUUUGUUUCUAAGCCAGUACUAGCUGACCGUGGUGGCCACAAUUACUGCAGAUUUCAAUCCAAUCUCUUCGAAAAUAAUUAUGUUACUCUAUUUUGCCAGUACAAAGUGUAUUAUGGUUAGUGGCUGUUUAUAUUUAGUAUUUGUUUGAUAUUACCGAACCGUAGCAAUGCAAUUGACUCUUCUAGUUUUGCCAAGAUACAAUAUUUGUACGGAACCGAAACUUCAUUCAGCAUUUCGCUAGCUCCAUGAGUACCAUAUCAAGUUCUACUGCAGAUUCUGCCAGGUUACCAGCUAUAAUAAAUGGUCAUUUUAUAUGAAAGCUUGGGAAACAAGGAACAUGAUUUCGUCUCCAUUAUCUUACUUAUUUCUACUAGUCACUUUCAAUCGACCACACGCUUUUUCCCAGCCUGUCAGCAGUCAUGAUGGACUUCCUUAUCAUUAUCACAUAGGUAGUGUCUUCAGCUGCUCGAUUAAGGCACUCGUUUCAAACCAAAUAACUGUGACACCUGCUGCGAGCGGAAGAUUCUCUAAUUUGCUUUCUCUCCUACGUAAAAUUAUCUUAUGAAAGUUUUACGAGCAACACAACAUGUUAACGCCUGUUAUUUCAAGCGCGCAGCUAUAUUAACUAGGUUUUCGUUUGACGUAUUUUGAACUACAACCUUUUUCUGUUAAUCGAAUUUGGUUUUCCCUCAGCAGCUUUCGUGAUGCGACGCGUAUUAUCAGGCUGGGCUGCUCACUUGAAGGUUUUAGCAACCCAUUUUAGCAAACUGCUGUACCUUAACUUUUCAAAUUAUCCUUGGCAAAAUUCCUUAUAUAUGUACAUAUAUAGUACACGGGUUUCAUUGUCAAAACGUACUAUUCAUUAGAAAAUAAAAUAAACCCUAGCUUGAUUUUGACGCGACGCAGACUUCUUCAGUAAAUUAUUUGUUAUAUAAUUAAUAACAAUGGGCAUAAAACAGUCGUUUUUUUUUACACACAGUUGUCGUCAUUGAUGCGACAAGUAUUGUUUUUGUUUCAUAAAUAUUCAUACCUUGGAUCUAAUUUACUGAUUAGUAUUUUUUCCAUGAACAAGCUCUAAUUCUACACUUUUUAUAUUUUUUUGGAAAUCGGACGUGUGCUGUUACUUAGUUUGAACCUCAUGAGAAGUACCUUUUCUUAUGGGCACUUUAAGUGGCAGUAACUACGAAUUACUUCUUUUAGUAUUGGGAAAAAUGCCAUUUUCAUUGCUACGGUAUUCUCGCGUAGCAUAAGUAAUGAUAGCGAGUUCUGCCUAUAGGGCAUUUACGAACGAUUCGUACAUUAAAAUGUUUUACUGCUUUUCUACGGAUUAAUAAUAACAAUCAAUUAAUAAAUAAAUGGUUUGUUUCGCAAACCCGAAAGAUGGAAUUUUUUUGGCACCUGCAUAUUUAAUAUGGAAUAAGUCCAUCCAACAACGAUGCCAGCUAGUACGGUCAAGAUGUCAGGAUAAUUUUGCUGCGUCAAAUACGAAAAUGAAUAUUUCCAAAUGAAAGUUUUUCUCCAUAGAGUUGUUUUUGUUAGGCUACGCCCACUCAUCAAAGUCACCAUUGCCAAACACGUAUUCAGUAUUUGCUUCGUUUUCUUGACGUACAUCCCGCUCUCGCAGUAGUACUCAUUGUGACCUCAGUUGUUUCCCAACGGAGUUUCUGCUCGCAUUUCCCCUACAGUGGAUUCGCCGAUUCGUUGUCGAUGAAGUAAGAUAAUAAGAUAAGUAAUUAGAUACUGUGCCGUAAAGCGACGGACAGUUCUUUGUGAAGUUGGAUGACCCUGAUGACGGUCAGAAAACACCAAAGCUUUGGCUGUCGCUUAAGAUACAGGUUUUAAUUUCCUUUGGUCAGAACCGUCUCGAGAGAACGUUUAGAGGACGUCUCGUCUAACUAACAAGCGGUCUACUUUUCAAUCUUCUCGCGGUAAUGCUGUCUACCGAUAGUUCGACCGUUAAUGCGUCACGAGAUCGGCAUCUUUGUCGUGAGGUCCGAGCCGCAUUCCCGUCGUCGAGUUGGACGGUGCUGCCAACUCCUCCAGCAUAUAAUCGCGAGCCCUUUGUUGCUUAGGCUUUCCUUCGUCGAAGCCAGCUGUUUAAGCAACUCUUUCACGACUGGCCAUAUCGCUAGUCAUCAAAAUAAAACAGACCAACUGAGUCCUGUUGCUAUGUGCCAAAAACGAGAACUGCAUAACCACUCGCUUUGUGCUUAUAUAUCUGUAGACGCAGUAUUUAUUCAAACAUUAUCAUAAUAUUUGACCUGUUACAAAAAAGACAUAUAUAUAUAUAUAUGUAGGGCAACAAGUAUUUAUAGUAUUAUACGACCCCUUUCAGUGGUGAUUGGCUCAGGGCUGUCCGCUUUCCAUAACUUCACUUUGUUAGGAUCGAAAACGCCGUUUGUGGCGUCGCGGUGGACAGCAACGAUUAAAUUUGCAUGCCUUAAGUUGGCCUACGAAAGAUGCAUAGCUACGUACGAUCACACGGAAGGCAUUCUACAGGGAAGGAGUUUUUGACACAUUUCGACAUUGAAAUCAUCUCCUUUAAAUCACAUGGUGCGGUUGGAGUUCCGCGAUCAGUUUCACUUAGAGGAGAGUCCUUCAUGUGAAUUCGACAAGUUGGAGGUACACAACGGGGGUCACGGCUAUUCACCGUUAGCUGGCACCUUCUGUGGUCGCGAAUUUCCCAAGCCAAUCCAGAGUGAAGGAAGAGAGCUCUACUUGAAGUUCACCUCGGACGCAUCCAUCGAGUAUGUCGGAUUCAAAGCUGUGUACAGUUUCAUUCCAGCGCCAAAAACGGAGGUGGAUCCCCCAGAGUGUAAAUUUAAUCGCGACGGUGUGAAUGGACGCAUCAGUUACUCUGAUAUCAGUAACAGUAUAAUCUUACAUGCAAACGAAACGUUGUCGCCAAUUGAUUGUACGUGGACAAUACGUGUGCAGAAUGGCUCUAAGAUAUAUAUUACGUUUCUGCAGUAUGAGCUGGCCCAGCCGAAUAACUGCCAGACCAACUUCCUCGACAUUAUCUCGGGGGGCGCUAAGCAAGACCGACUAAGCCAUUUUUGCGGAACCAUAGCAGAACCGACAACCUCGGUGACGAACGAGGUGCAGAUCCGCUUCUUCGCACAGGGCGCUUUGUUCAAACAAAAUAACAAGCCGCCUAAAUUAGAAGUUCUCUACACGGCGUUUAGGGAGGUCAUGGACCCCAAGGAUUGUAAUCCUCUGACUGAGUUCUCCUGUGAUGACGGCUGGUGCAUCAGCAACAAAUUGACUUGUGAUGGCGAUUACAACUGCAAAUAUCGAUACGAUGAAGACGCCAAUCGCUGCGCAGUGAGCUCUGGUAUUUUUCUGGUGCUGACUUCUGACCACAUGAUCAUCAUCUUGGUGGUGUUCACGGCACUGGUGAUGGGCAUGUGCGCUUCCAUUACCAUCACGUGCUACAAUAAAAUUCAGGAGAGACGUGAGAGAGAGCGGGAGUACAAGAUUCGCAGGAGUAAAGAGGUGUCAAUGGAAAUUGGACUGGCCCCGCCUGCAGCUCCUUCCUCUGAACUGGAAGCUGCAUUAGCGGCAGAGCUUUGUCUGCGCAAGCAACACCAAACUGGGCAGUUGGCAAGUCAACUAGCCCCAAUGAGUGGACAACUAGUAGAUGAUGUCGAAGAUGGACGCUACCUGCCCGACGUAGACCUUCAGGCAUUCCGUAAGCACCCCAAUGGAGUGCUUAUCAUGGCUGGUUCUGGGCCUGUGUGUAGCGGUGGUGGCGGUGCUGGCGGAGCCGAAGGCGACAGGCAGAGUCUAGGAGACAGACAGUCGGUCAAGUCGGUACCACUCUGCCCGCAGCAUGGCCAUGGCACCUACCGGGAUAGUGCUCUGAACAGAGAUUCGAUCACACCGCCCAUUCCGCCUCCACCUCCACCACCCAUUCAGGCGUUUUACCGAAUGCGGGACUCCCCAGCAAACGAAAUGAGCGGCCGCUGGUCACCUUUGGAAGACUCGACGAUGGCUUCCAGUCCACAGGGUCCUUCACAGACCAACGGAGGAGAGACGGGCCGACCUGACCUUGUUGCCCACCGCUAGGAUUGAGAGACACCCAGGAUCUGCGCUUCAUGGUCAGUGCUGCUCGGACGGGCCAGCUUUAGCGACCAACGACGAAAUUCACCUCCAGUUGUAAAAAAAUUAGAUCAGUCAAGAGGACUCCCUCGACCUCAAGCGCCCUCUCCAAAAAUUAGUCGACAGAUAUGUAGUCCUACAACACUUGGUCUGUAGUGUGUACAAUAAGAAUGAACCGGGACAAGCAAUAUAGCAAAUGAAUAGAUACAGCAAUUGUAAAACACUGACAAAUACACGGCUUAAAUCUUGCGAGCAAGAAAGAGUAGUGAGCUUAUUCAGAAAAAAAAACAUGUGUUGCGAGAAAUAUGAGGAGCAAAAGUAUUCAUAGAAUUAUGAAAUUCAAGGAGGUGCCUUUCUAUUUUAAGCUAGAACACAUUUCCUGAACAAACCACUAUGACGAAGGUUCAUGAUCAGAGUUUAAGCGUGACGGUACAUGUACCAAUACCACUAAACACUAUCAAGUUGUGUAUUGACUAAUUUCGGAUAACAUCGAAACCAUCCGGAAGCUCGGAUGACAUAAGUAAGCGGCACUACGCCGCGAAAUCCUUGAGCGACCAACGCCAAAGAUUACCCCAAGUCAGGGCAAAUCAUGUCGUCUCAGAAACCUGCAUGUGGGAUCAAUGAGGUCAUCUUUGACUUGUCAUUUGCUUUAACAGAUUGCAAUGUCACACCUACUGUUACAAUAGAGUUACAUUCAAAAACGUGCAUCUUGUCGUCUCAAAGCUAGGGAUACUACAUGCUGACAAGGAGAGCCAAGUAGGCUUCGAGGUCAAGGGACAUGCCAGAUUGCUAUCACGCGAGCACCAGGGAGAAUAUGCACAAAUAUUGAGGCCACCAGCUUGAACCCAAUAGAAAAACACAAGCGAUGUUAUGAAUGAACAAAUUCGUAAUUUAUUAACAAACCAGACGAAGUCGCUUAAGUAGGAGAAAAGGAUUUAAAAAAAAAAAAACUAUUUGUAGAAAGGAAAUAAAGCGAGAUAUCAGCAGGUGUUUGGAAUAUAGCUGUCCAUAGCUUACCUUACAGUUGACUCAACUUGAUCAACUUAUGUUACUGGAGGAUGUGAAUAUUGUAGAUGUCAGGCGUCAUGGUAAAGCGGUGCAAAAUUCUAGAUGCUAAAUUCUAGAUUCUAAAUGCUUUACACACAGUCCGAGGCUACUCGAUUAACUUUAGGCUAAGCUAAUGAUAUUGAUAUGGCUGAUUAUUUUUAGGAAUAAUAAACGUCCCAUGUAGGACCACGGUGGCCGGAUUAAUAUCGCAAAAUAUUCUCAAAAUCUGCAUUUUUAACGUCAGUCGAAAUUCUCCUAAAGUUUACUCGAAACCUUUGAGUUAAAAAUUUCCUCAACUAAAUAUUUGCCAUAGUAAUUCCGCAACCCUACAACUAUUGGGGAUACCAAGUAUUUAGAAAAAAAGUUAGUUAAAUUUGAGUGUUUAGAUUAGCAGGCCCUGCCAGGCAGGGUGUCAAUACUACAUGGUGUGGACUUGAAACACGAGUCACCAAUUAGCAAAGAGUAUGAUGCGCACCAAAUAAAGCAAACGAUCACGCCGAAGGGUGUAUCUAAAAACUAACGGCGGGUAUAAACGCAGCCCGUGACGGCUAGUUCAGAUGCUCGCUCGAUCCGAAUUUCCCGCUGUACUCUGUAAAGGUUUAAUAAGUUAAUGAAAUAAACAAAAACAAAAAUGACAAUGACUGCAAGAUAAUAGCCGAGUUGAACGUAAUAUAUCCCGGAUCGCUAUAAAGUAAGAUGAGCGGAAAGAGUUAGUAAAGAAUGGAGGAAUACUCUGUGGAGGCUGCUGGAUGCUUUGAUGAGGACGGCUGAUCUUAAAUGGACCUGACAGUAGGCUUUGCUCAAACGCCAACUCAGACGAAGUUAAGCAAAUCAACCACAGAGAGGGUAUAUAUAAUACGCUGUAAAACCCCAAAGCGAGCAGAAGUGUUAGAAAAGAGCGAGAAGGAGUGGUGCAAAUUAGUCUAAACUAUUCAAGUAGGAUAUGUCAAAAAAGAUCUGCAAUGACGCACUAAAAAAUUUGGAUGAAGUUUCGAUUGGUCCUUCCCGCUCACCCGAAAUACCCACAGUUGUAUUACCAUUAUGGUUAUCCCUGUGUUUACACGCAUCUCGUUUUGUUAUAUAUAAAUAUACAUACAACAGUCUCAUAAGUAAGUGAACACUGGUGAGGAGGCACGCGCCUAGAUCGAUGACAACAAUAUUAUUAUUAUUACUACUACUGCUAAACAGUUGAUGUACCAUCACCGGUUAGAUCGAGUAUUGAAUCCCUUUAUAAUAGAAUUAGCUCUUGUAGACGUUGCGAGACUCCCACACUGCGAAUAAGGACUGUUUUGUCUUGCAGGAGUCCGACAUUGUUGUACAUACCGUACUGCGUUAACGAAGAAAGUAUUUGCACUGCAAUUGCCAAUUAAUGUUUACUAUUUAAGAAUAAUGAAAUAAAACUAAAUAAAUAAAUAAAAGAUUGUCUGUAGAAAAAGGGACUACUCAACUGCGACGGUUUCAUCUGCUUUAUAUUUCAAAAAGUCGCCUGUGUUUUCUACACGUCAGUUGAUUUCGAAUCAGUAAAUUUUUCACGCUUUGCAUGUCGAAACCGGUUUUUCCCCGAAUAAAUUUCCAAAAGCCAUGCGGAACGUUGUGCGACAAGCGUGCUGUAGCAAACCUUCCUUACCGGGUUAUUUUUAGACAAACGCGGUAUUUACCAGCUCUUGUCUGA